AUGGAUCUCCAUCUCGAAGGCGAGGCUUCAACUUUUUGGGCAGAUUUGAAAAGUGAUGGGCGUGACAGAAAUGAAGUGGUAGUGGAAGUUAGAAGUCUUGAUUUUGCCAAGCAUUCGGCAGUGGUCUUUCAUGAAAGCAAUAAUUCCAAGAACAAAAACAGUGCUCCUUCUUCGAACAACACCCUGGGUUUGUCUCCGCUGGGUUUCUCCGGUUCGGGAAAGGGAUUUAGAAACAGAGGCAGAAGAAUUACUAAAAAACAUAACAAAAUUCAUCAUGGUAAUAAUAUUCGUUUCAAAACCUCUAAAGUUCAACGGGCGCCUCUGAAGGAAUCAAUGGAACAACUCGCAGAGAGCAUUUCGGCUUUUUCCAAAAACAUAUUUGAUGCUGAAGUGUUCAUUGAAUCUGAUGAGCAGAAAGAGGGAGUUAAUAUCCCUGGACAGAUUUGGGGUAUAGUGGACCUUCUUUCACUUGGCAACGAGGUGGUACUUUUGUCAGACUAGAUCGGGCUUUAGCAAAUGACGCUUGGAUGACUGCUUUUCUGCAGUGUUUAGUUCAUCACCUCACUCGUAUUAAGUCCGAUCAUCGGCCUCUCUUACUAUCUAGUAAACCGGAUCUUAGUAUACCUAAAGGCAAACCUUUUAGAUUU